AUGUCUUCCACACCAAAGGGUAAGUCUAAUAAUAACAAUUUCCAAAAGAUUAAACGUCCAGAUGUUUCUGUCAGAGACAGGAAAUUGGACACCUUGAAUGUCCAAUUAAAGAAAGUGGAUCAAGAAAUCACUUUAUUAAGAAAGCAAAUUGAUCAAUAUCAAAUCAAUGACAAGACUGCUAAUGAAAGAAAGAGUUUAUUGGAUGAAAACAAAGAAAUCAUUAAAACUCAAGCUAAUCUAAAAACUCGUAGAAACAAUAUCCACGACACCAUUAAACAGUUAGAUGCCCAAAUUAAGAGAAAGACUAACGAAAUUAACGAUAGAUUGGGUAAGAAAAACCAAUACAACUCUACUGCUGCAGCUAAGCAAAGAAUUGCUGAAAUCGAAGACAUUAUUGGUUCCGGUGAUCUUUCCAUUGUAGAAGAAAAAAUGAUGGUUAAAGAAAUGCAAUCUUUGAAUAAAUUAAUGAAAGAUCUAACUUUGGUUGAACCAAUCAAGAAAUCUAUUGAUACCGACAAGGCUAAGAUUGCUGAGUUGAAAGAGCAAUUAUCCACAUUAAAUUCAAGAGAAAUGUCCAAUAAGUUUGAACAAAAUCAAAAGAAAUUAGAUGAGUUGCAAGCAUCAUCUCAAGCUGUUUACGAUAAGAGACAAGCUCUUUACAACAAACGUACAGCCUUAUACAAGAGACGUGAUGAAAUUUACGCCCAAAUUAGACAAAUUAGAACUGAUUUUGAUAAUGAAUUUAAGGCUUUCAAGAGCAAAUUAGAAAAGGAACGUUUAAAGCGUGAACAAGAUCAGUUGCUAUCUAAAGUCUUGGAAGAAAAGGAAGGUGCUUUAAGUAAGUUGCAGGAGAAAUUAACCCAUGCUAAAACACCAGCUUUUACUUAUGAAAUUGAAGCAAUUGAAAAUUGUUUGGUGUUAUUAGAUCCAACUUUUGAAAAACCAAAGAAGAAUGUUUUAAGUGAAGUUACUGAUAGAUCCUUAGAUACAAAAACAAAUAUCAGAAAAGUUGAAGCUAGUGACCUUGUCAUGGUUGAGAAGAAGGAUGAUGGUUACACCAAUACAGCUCCAUCCAAGUCUAAGAAAUAUAAGAAGAAGAGCAAAUCUAAGUCUGCUGCUAAUCAAGGUGAAUCCAAUAUUUUUAGCAAGAUUGAUGGUAAGUUCUCCUUAGAGCCAACAUUAAUUGCCACCUUGGCUGAAUUAGAUGUUAUUGUCCCAAUAUCAAAUGAUGAUGUUGCAAAGACUAUAGAAGAAUUAAAGACAAAAUUGGAAGAUUAUAAAUCUAGACAAGAAGAACAAACCACUAAGAACAUUGCUGAUGCUGAAGAGGAAAUUAAGGAAUGUAAGGCUAAAUAUGAUGCUAAAGAAGAAAAGAUUAAGAAAGAUUUAGAAGAAAAGAGAUUAAAAGAACAACAAGAAUUAGAGAAAGAUUCUAAUUAA